AUGGAAAUGAACAUUCAAUUAGGAGAAAAUAAUGACAUCCUUAGAAGCAGUCAUGUUGCUGCGAACAUUCUUUCUGCUAAGAUAGUUAGAUUUUGGCUUCAAUAUGAGCCAAUUUUAAGAAUGACCGACAUUUAUGAAUUAGAACAAAAGCAUCUUGUCAAUGGAUUAUAUAAGACAGUUGACAAAAUUAUUCUCAUGCAAAUGCAAAAUAAAAAUCAAGAUGACUCUGAAAAGAUGAAAAAGAAGAAACCACAAAUAUUUAUCGAUCAACUAUUCAAGAAAAGAGAUGAAUUUACUUAUGAAGAAAUAAAAGAUGAGUUCAUGACAGUGAUUGCAGCUGGCUUCGAUACAAUUGCUAUAACGAUGUCUUUUAUCGUUCUUAUUCUUGCAAUGCAUCAAGAUGUUCAAGAGAAAGCUUUUCAAGAGCUUCAACAUGUUUUCAAUUCGAAUGAUGAAGAUGUUGAUGAAGAGAAGAUUUCUCAAUUAACGUAUCUUGAUUUGUUUUACAUUUAUGCAUCAAAAUUGCCUUCAGUCAAAGGAGGUUUACCAAUUGUUGGAUUUGCACAUUUGUUUCUGCGAAAAAACAAUCAAGAACUUUAUAAUCAAAUUAAAGAAAUUACCUCGACACCCGGGCCUUCACCAAGAAAGUUUUGGUUUGGUCCAAUGUUUAUGAUAAUUAUUGACGAUCCCAUGCAACUGCAAAAUGUUCUUAAUUCUCCAAAGUGCAUCGACAAGCCUUCACUUUACGAAGGUCUUGGAAUGAAAAAAGAAAAUAAUGACAUCCUUAGAAGCAGUCAUGUUGCUGCGAACAUUCUUUCUGCUAAGAUAGUUAGAUUUUGGCUUCAAUAUGAGCCAAUUUUAAGAAUGACCGACAUUUAUGAAUUAGAACAAAAGCAUCUUGUCAAUGGAUUAUAUAAGACAGUUGACAAAAUUAUUCUCAUGCAAAUGCAAAAUAAAAAUCAAGAUGACUCUGAAAAGAUGAAAAAGAAGAAACCACAAAUAUUUAUCGAUCAACUAUUCAAGAAAAGAGAUGAAUUUACUUAUGAAGAAAUAAAAGAUGAGUUCAUGACAGUGAUUGCAGCUGGCUUCGAUACAAUUGCUAUAACGAUGUCUUUUAUCGUUCUUAUUCUUGCAAUGCAUCAAGAUGUUCAAGAGAAAGCUUUUCAAGAGCUUCAACAUGUUUUCAAUUCGAAUGAUGAAGAUGUUGAUGAAGAGAAGAUUUCUCAAUUGACGUAUCUUGAUUUGGUUAUCAAAGAAACUAUGAGAUUCUGGCCAACUGCACCUUUUUUUGCAAGACUUGUAACUGAAGAUAUCGAAGUUGGCAAACUUUUUAAAUCAAAUGAAACUAAAAUUUUUGUCACCUUAGGCUCUCAUGUAGUCCCCGCAAAAUCCAUUAUUCUUGUUCCAGUGAAUAAAAUCCAUCGAAACAAAGAUUAUUGGGGUGAUGAUGCUGACGAAUUCAAACCCGAAAGAUUCAACUCAGAAUCAUUUAGGAAUGUACCGACGUAUGCUUACGUACCAUUUGCAAAAGGACCGAGAAAUUGCAUUGGUGGGAAUUAUGCAAUGAAAGCAAUGAAGAUUGCACUUUCAUACUUUUUACGAAACUACAAAGUCAUGACUGAUCUGAAAGUGGAAGACAUCACCUUUGAAUUAGUUAUAACAGCAAGAAUAAUUCAAGGAUGUAAAGUUAAGAUCAUGAAGAGAGUUUCACCUUCACUGUGA